GGUGUAGCUGUGUCUUGGUGAUAAAACGAGCCAAUCCAUCCUGUGCUGUAGUUUCUCCCUCUCUGAUCGACCUCGAAAUCUUAGCGGCGACGCGCUCGCGCUUUGUUUAACAGACGAACCCAUCCCCCUGCCGAGCACUGGCAAAGGAGCAAGCAACCACCAUCCUCACUCAGCAGCACCUCAUACAAUACUCAGGAGCAAGAAAGACGAAUUGCCUCACUGGUCCACUUCCCCCACGGUCUCCAUCCACGGGAUCUUUGUAUCCUGCGGCCUUCACUUCGCCUCCUGGCAGAGGGGGCUGCCGCAUCCCUCUUUUGAUGGCAUCGAUCCUCUCGUGAGGAAUCCCUGGCCCCUUGCACUCACAGUCACAAAGAAAGCGAAACACAAUGUCGGACCACGAACAUCACGAUCACGAUACGGCAGACUCCGACCUGGAUUCUGUGCAGGAGAGAAGGCCUUCCACCGAGGACAAUGCAGAGCGGGAGAAUGACACAUUCGAGGAUGCCAUCGGCUCUCCUGCUACAACCGUCGAAACGGUCAAAGACACACCGGUGGAGACGACACGGUCUCUGACCAAACACCGAUCCUCCUCAGUCAAGAGCACAGUACAAGAGAUAGUCCCCGAUUCUCCUGAUUCUUCAGCAGUUUCUGAAGUUACUGAGCCACAGACAAAUGGGGACGAUGAGCACGAGAUAAGGCAACCAAAAUCCCCCCUUCUUACAUCACAUCGGCUCUCCACAACCUCCCUCGACAACGUCAACCUGGAAGAAGAUGGGGCCUCAGGGGACGAAGGCACACCCAAUCCUUCAGAAGUCCCAAAACCCGUCCUACCCCCAAGAUCUUCGAAGCCCUCAUUACAAGGUCUAUCAGGUGCCCUUCCUUCAGUACCAUGGGCAGCUCCUCCACCGCCACCACCACCGCCAGUCUCGUCUGCACCACCCCCCAUCAAGAGAAGCAUAACGAGUCCAUUCUCAUGGCUCUCGCGGAACACAUCAUCAGCUCCGAAGGAAACUCCGAAGGAAACUCCAGCACACCCCACAGCACCCUCACCAGACAAUGCCGAACGCAGAAACACGGCCUCGUCGAUUGUUACGAUCUCCAGCAAUCCGGAAUUGAUGCUAAGCAAACUAGAGGGGGAGCCUGAUGGAUCAAGUAAACAGCCUGCAAGGAAUAGUCUGAAGGAUAGGUUCAAGCUCCUACGGAUGCGAGAAGAGGCAGGGAUAACUUCUUUGGGGGAGGAUGACAAGAAGGGAAGCACGACAGCUGGUCCGGGUCCCGCCAAUCACACAAGCGUGGUAGAGGAGAAAGAAAUGUCUUCGACAGCGCAUAGAUCAUCAGUCGCCCAGGGUCCAAAUCCUUCAGUCAGUAUGGGAUUAUCUCCAGGCACAGCUUCGGGAGCAUUUGCAGGACCUUCUGCGAUAAAUGACCCGGCUUCGGCUGUCGAUUGGGAUUUGUGGCAAUCCGUUGUCUAUGAAGGUCCAGCUGCUGUCGCGCGAACAAGUGCAGAUGAAUUAAACAGGGCCAUAUCCACCGGUAUCCCAAGCGCCAUACGAGGUGUCGUAUGGCAAGUCCUAGCUCAGAGUAAGAAUGAUGAGUUGGAAAGUGUCUACAGAGAUCUGGUCGUCCGAGGAACCGACAAAGACAAGGACAGAAUGAGCGGAUCGAGUGGGCCACCGAGUAUAACCCAAAGUCAUAGUUCUCCCAAGGAGGAGAUUCGGUCAUCAUCCUCGUCAAUACACUCAGAUCACUCUCCGCCUACAGUUAAUCUUGCCAAUGGCACGAGAUCGCCUUCACCACUCAAGGAGAAGGAUAUAGAGGCCGUCAUGAAAGCCAAAGCUGCUGAGAUGGCUGAGAAGAAAAAGAAAGCAAAGGAGGAUGCCGCCGCAUUACAAAAGUUAGAGAAGAUGAUCAAGAGAGAUCUAGGGUCUCGGACAAGCUUCUCGAAAUUCGCUGCUAGUGCCGGUCUCCAGGAAGGUCUCUUUGGGGUGUGCAAAGCAUAUGCGCUGUUUGAUGAAGGCGUGGGAUACGCUCAAGGGAUGAACUUCCUAGUUAUGCCCCUGCUAUUCAACAUGCCCGAAGAGGAAGCUUUCUGCCUGCUCGUGCGGCUAAUGAAUCAGUACCACCUUCGGGACUUGUUCAUCCAGGAUAUGCCAGGUUUGCAUAAGCACCUCUACCAAUUUGAGCGACUAUUGGAAGACCUCGAACCAGCUCUCUAUUGCCAUCUCCACCGCCGCCAUAUCACACCUCAUCUCUACGCCACACAGUGGUUCCUCACCCUCUUUGCAUACCGAUUUCCUCUCCAACUUGUUCUCCGUAUCUACGAUCUCAUACUUAGCGAAGGUUUGGAGGCAAUUAUCAAAUUCGGUAUUGUGCUCAUGCAGAAAAACGCCGCAACAUUACUGGGUAUGAACGACAUGAUGGCGUUGACCAACUUCUUAAGAGAUCGUCUCUUCGAUGUCUAUAUCGACCAAGCCCCGUCCCAAGGCUCUAUCCUGGAGUCUGGAUUCUUUGGCAGUUCUGGUUCAAGCAUUGAUAAAGAAAUCUAUCGUGCGGACCAAAUGAUCCAAGAUGCGUGUGCCGUCAAAUUAACCCCAGAACUUUUGAAGGCGUAUGCAGUCGAGUGGGAGGAGAAGACAAAGUUAGAGAAGGACCGUGAGGCUGAGCUUGAACAUUUGAAGUCCUCGAAUCAAGCGCUCAUACAAAAGGUCCGUCGACUUGAAGAGAGGGUCGAGGAGCACGAUACCGAACACGCAGCCCUUGCAACCGAGCUUGUGCGGACGAAGGUCGAGAAUGAAGAGCUGCAAGACCGAAACGAAUCUUUGAACGGCCAAGUUGAGGAAUUAAGGAAGGUGGUCGAGAGACAGCCAGGGGAGGUAGAGGAAAGACUGAAGAGCGAAAUGGAGCGAUUGAUGAAGCGGAAUCAGGAGGUCCAUGAGGAGAAUACAAGGUUGGAAGAGGAGAUGAGCGCCAUGGAGAAGGACUUGGUGGAGACAAAGAUGCAAUAUGCUGAGCUCAAUUCUGCUCACGAGACUCUUAACAGGAAAUGGACGGAUCUCCGAAAAGCGCUCGAUUAA